GCGGUUUUUGGCGCACAGGGCGGGCCCAGGCCCCCGAGCGAGGGCAUUUACGCAGCGCCCGCAGCCUUCCGCGGGUCUCUCCAAGGGGAACCAGCCGCGCGCGCCUCCUCUCCGCGCCGGGGCUCCGGCAGGUGGAAGGCGGAGGGACCCCCAUCCAGAUGCAGAAGUUCCUGCAGCUUUUUGGGCGUCUGAAAUCGGUCAUCCUUGGCAUGGUGCAUGUCAGAGCAUUGCCAGGGUCACCAUGUGGUACAUUGCCUUUGGCUCAGAUCAUUGAAGAAGCCUGUGGAGAGGCUGAAAUGUAUAGGGCUGCUGGCGUCGACGGCUUGAUUGUUGAAAAUAUGCAUGACCGGCCUUACACAUUCGACGUUGGUGCAGAGGUUACAGCAGCUAUGGCGGUGAUUUGUGCCUCAGUAAAACAGGCGUGUCCCACGCUCCCCUUUGGGGUUCAAAUACUAUGUGCUGCAAAUCAGCAAGCUUUAGCUGUUGCCCUUGCUUCAGGUGCGGAUUUUGUUCGAGUUGAAGGCUUCGUUUUCUCCCAUGUGGCUGACGAAGGGAUGCUGAACGCUUGCGCUGGGAACCUGCUAAGAUACCGCAAGCAAAUCGGAGCUGAACACAUCCAGGUUUUUGCUGAUAUUAAAAAGAAGCACAGUGCUCAUGCGCUGACAGCUGACGUCACGGUGGCGGAAACCGCUAAGGCUGCUGAAUUCUUUCUUGCUGAUGGGGUUGUGUUGACUGGAACUGCAACUGGAUCAGAGACAGAUCCCAAAGAACUAGAAGAAGUCAGAUCUGCGGUGAAGAUUCCAAUACUGGUGGGAUCUGGUGUGACUUUGGAUAAUGUGAAGGACUACUUAAGUGCAAAUGCCUUGAUCAUUGGUUCCUAUUUCAAGAAAGAAGGCCAUUGGGCAAAUGGCAUUGAUCUUGAUCGGGUGAAGAGGUUUAUGGAUUGUAUUGGGAAAGUAAGAGUGUAAAUUUGUUUGCUUCUGCUCUGAGUUUACAAUUGAAGCGCAACUGCACCAAAUAUUUUAUCUUGCAAAGAAUAGAAUAGAAUAGAAUAGAAUAGAAUAGAAUAGAAUAGAAUAGAAUAGAAUAGAAAAGAAUAACAGAGUUGGAAGGGACCUUGGAGGUCUUCUAGUCCAACCCCCUGCCUAGGCAGGAAAGCCUACACCACUUCAGACAAAUGGUUAUCCAACAUCUUCUUAAAAAUGUCCAGUGUUGGAGCAUCCACAACUUCUGGAGGCAAGUUGUUCCACUGAUUAAUUGUUCUCACUGUCAGGAAAUUUCUCCUUAGUUCUAAGUUGCUUCUCUCCUUGAUUAGUUUCCACCCAUUGCUUCUUGUCCCACUCUCAGGUGCUUUGGAGAAUAGCUUGACUCCCUCUUCUUUGUGGCAGCCCCUGAGAUAUUGGAACACUGCUAUCAUGUCCCCCCUAGUCCUUCUUUUCAUCAGACUAGACAUAUCCAGUUCCUGCAUACCCAAUUUUUCAGGUCUUUUUAUACUUAAGACAGAGGAUUUUUUUUUUCCUGAAUUCAAAAUGCUUUUAAAAGUCGGGGGAAAAAAAGCCUCUGACGAUCAGGCAACUCAGCUGGCAUCGUCAGAGCCUUUUAAAAGCAUUUUUUCUACAACCUCUUGGCCGAAGAGGUUGUAGAAAAAAUGUUUUUAAAAGGGAAAAAAAAAAAGUUGGCCACGCCCACCCAGUUACAUUACCCCCACCAAGCCACACCCACAGAACCGGUAGUAACAAAUUUUACAUUUCACCACUGAUGUUAAUCCCACCCAUUCAUCCCACUGAAUCUUCAUAAGCUUCUGGAAAGUGCACAUCGUUGGCAAGAGAAACGGCAGGUCUAGUCAUGGUUUGAGUUUUUGACAGUUUAUCAAGGUUAUAGAGUACAGAUUUCCUUUGGGGGAAAUUAGUUCUUAAGUUUACAAAGUACUUGGCUGUAAAUAUCCAUAAAAAUGACAAUUUGGUCAGCUGUAUUUAUUUCUAAGCAGGUCAAAGGACGUUAGCAUGUUUAGCUACAUAAAUCUGUUAGGUACAGUCCAGAAAUUCUCAUGCUUCCAAAUUGCAUGGAUUUUUCUUUCUAGCCUUGAAAAAUGUGGCACAAUAAUUGCUGGAAAUAAAGUGUCUGGAUUGUGGGGAAACCUCUGUACAAUCUUUACUUCCAGAACAGAUAAACUAUUCUAGUUAACUAGUUAUUCUCAUUCAUUCUCUCUCUCUCUCUCUCUCUCUCCCUCCCUCCCUCCCUCCCUCCCUCUCCCUCUCCCUCCCCCCUCUCAUCCUAAGGGUUUUUUUUUUUCCUGCCCCCCCCCCAGUAAAAUUCCAUGUUAGGCAGGGCAAUUACACAAAGUCAUGAUUGGAAGCUCCCUUGGGUACCAUAUAGAUAUACUCAAAAUUCUCAGAAAUCUUCCCAGAAAAACCACAUGGUGCAGCAGCUGGCGAGAUAGAGGCAUGUCACAUCCCCAUGAGUGAACUCUGUCACUGCCUGGGAUGUCCCACUUGGGCUGCUGGAAACGAGGAGGCUGAAAACUCAUUGUUGGUGCCGAUGGAAAUGCCACAAAUCGGUGAGAACAAAUUUAUUUAUCGAAUAAGAUUAUUCACCCAACCAGGGAGGGAGGAAGUCUCAAGCAGGAAAUUAGCCUGGCAUCCUUGUGCAGCUGCAAAAGACCCAGGACUGAUCCCCGCUUGAAGCUCCCUCUAGAACAUUUAUCUGUCUAUUCCCAGGAGAAAGCAGACAGUCUGGGAAGAUUCCUGUAUAAUAGGCAGAAUGUAAUAAAGUUGUUAGCAUACCUUA